CCGGGGCAGGGCGGGGGGCGGGGGGGCUCGCCGCGACAAACCGCGCUGCGAGGGAGCCCUGCCGCGGCCGGAGCCAUGUUCCCGCAGAGCCGGCACCCCACCCCGCACCAGGCUGCGGGCCAGCCUUUCAAAUUCACCAUCCCGGAGUCGCUGGACCGCAUCAAGGAGGAGUUCCAGUUCCUCCAGGCACAGUACCACAGCCUUAAAUUGGAAUGUGAGAAACUGGCAAGUGAAAAGACAGAAAUGCAGAGGCACUAUGUGAUGUAUUAUGAAAUGUCAUAUGGAUUAAACAUUGAAAUGCACAAACAGACAGAAAUCGCCAAGAGAUUGAAUACAAUUUGUGCACAAGUCAUCCCAUUUUUGUCUCAGGAACAUCAGCAGCAAGUGGCCCAAGCUGUAGAACGUGCCAAACAAGUGACCAUGGCUGAACUGAAUGCCAUCAUCGGGGUACGUGGCCUUCCAGGUCUACCUCCUACACAGCAGCAGUUGCAGGCUCAACAUCUCUCCCAUGGCCAUGGACCUCCAGUGCCUCUAACACCACAUCCAUCAGGACUUCAGCCUCCAGGAAUCCCUCCACUCGGAAGCAGUGCUGGCCUUCUUGCCCUUUCUAGUGCUUUGGGUGGGCAGUCUCACUUGGCAAUAAAAGAUGACAAGAAGCAUCACGAUGCAGAACACCACAGAGACAGAGAGCCGGGCACAAGUAAUUCUCUCUUGGUCUCGGACAGUCUGCGAAGCACAGAUAAACGCAGGAAUGGCCCUGAAUAUACCAAUGACAUCAAAAAGAGAAAGGUGGAUGAUAAGGAUUCCAGCCAUUAUGACAGUGAUGGGGACAAGAGUGACGAUAACUUGGUUGUAGAUGUAUCCAAUGAGGAUCCUUCUUCCCCAAGGGCAAGUCCCACUCAUUCACCACGUGAAAAUGGUAUAGAUAAAACCUCCCGCCUGCUGAAGAAAGACGCCUCUAGCAGUCCAGCAUCUACAGCCUCUUCAGGAAGUUCCACUUCCCUCAAAUCCAAAGAAAUGAGUCUGCAUGAAAAAGCCAGCACGCCUGUUCUGAAAUCCAGCACACCAACUCCUCGAAGUGAUGUGCCAACCCCAGGCACUAGUGCAACUCCAGGACUUCGUCCAGGCCUUGGCAAGCCUCCAACAAUGGACACUCUGGUUAACCAAGCUGCUGCAGGUUUGCGGACACCAUUGGCAGUACCAGGACCAUACCCUGCUCCGUUUGGAAUGGUACCUCAUGCUGGCAUGAAUGGAGAGUUAACCAGUCCAGGGGCAGCCUAUGCCAGUCUGCACAAUAUGUCACCCCAGAUGAGUGCUGCUGCUGCUGCAGCUGCUGUGGUUGCCUAUGGAAGAUCUCCUAUGGUUGGGUUUGAUCCUCCUCCUCACAUGAGAGUACCUGGAAUCCCUCCAAAUCUAGCAGGGAUUCCUGGGGGAAAACCAGCCUACUCCUUUCACGUUACUGCAGAUGGUCAGAUGCAGCCGGUUCCUUUCCCUCCCGAUGCCCUCAUCGGUCCAGGAAUCCCUCGCCACGCCCGUCAGAUCAACACUCUGAACCACGGGGAGGUUGUCUGUGCAGUUACCAUCAGCAACCCCACGAGACACGUGUACACGGGUGGGAAGGGGUGCGUCAAAGUCUGGGACAUCAGCCAGCCUGGCAACAAGAGUCCUGUCUCUCAGCUGGACUGCCUGAACAGAGAUAACUACAUCCGCUCUUGUAAAUUGCUGCCUGAUGGAUGCACCCUAAUAGUUGGCGGGGAAGCCAGCACAUUAUCCAUAUGGGACUUGGCAGCACCAACUCCUCGUAUAAAAGCAGAGCUGACAUCCUCAGCCCCUGCCUGCUACGCUCUGGCAAUCAGCCCUGAUUCCAAGGUAUGCUUUUCCUGCUGCAGUGAUGGGAACAUCGCGGUGUGGGAUCUGCACAAUCAGACAUUGGUCAGGCAAUUCCAGGGCCACACAGACGGAGCCAGCUGUAUUGACAUUUCUAAUGAUGGUACCAAGCUCUGGACAGGAGGUUUGGAUAACACUGUCAGGUCCUGGGACUUGAGAGAGGGGAGACAGCUACAACAGCACGACUUCACAUCACAGAUAUUUUCCCUUGGUUAUUGUCCUACUGGUGAAUGGCUAGCUGUGGGAAUGGAGAGCAGCAAUGUAGAAGUGCUACAUGUAAAUAAACCAGACAAAUAUCAGCUGCACCUUCAUGAGAGUUGUGUAUUGUCACUCAAGUUUGCUUACUGUGGUAAAUGGUUUGUGAGUACUGGAAAAGAUAACCUACUUAAUGCAUGGAGAACUCCCUACGGAGCCAGUAUCUUCCAGUCCAAAGAAUCUUCAUCAGUGCUUAGCUGUGACAUCUCUGUGGAUGAUAAGUACAUAGUCACUGGCUCUGGAGACAAAAAGGCUACAGUCUAUGAAGUUAUCUACUGAAAAAUAUGAUGGGGAUAUAACUUUUAGAAGUUGAACUGGGCCAAAAUUGUUCUUAAUGGUAGAAGUAGAAAAGUUUUGCCUUUUAAAAAGGAACAAAAGUAUUGAGGUUCCAGACCUUGCCAUGAAACUACUCCGAUUUUUCAAAAUAGAAGGCAACAUCCAGCAACUAAAUAUUGGCUACAUGGACCAAACGGAACACAGUGGAAAGAUGGACAGAUGUGGCCUAGGUUUUUGACAUAGUUUUUAAAAGCUGAGUCUACUGAAGAAUGUUGGAGCCUUUUAUUUUUUUCUUUCUUUGUGACCUCAUGCAAAUUGUUCUCAUUGCCUGAAUAUGGGGGAUAAAUACCUUUCUGUUCCUUGCAGUUCAAGUUGCAUUCUGUCCUGUGUAGAGCAGUGGUGUCUCAGAUGAACUUGUUUCCUGGUUUUGCAUCUUGUGAUAUGUUUUUGUAUUUUUUGUUGAAGGUCAAACAUUUGUAUAAAUUGUAAAUAUAUUUAGUUUAUUACAGUAAAGGCUUUAGUACCAACAACCAGUCUUCCCCCCUGCCCACUCCCUGCCCACCUUGCUUAUUUAAAAUUAAAAACCUUUGGGGAUAUAAGUACCUUUUUAGAAGCAAAACAAACACUAUGUAUAGUUUGAAAAUGGUGUCUUAUUCUUUAUAACUCUUCCUAGAUUCCUUUAUCAUACUUCAAAGUAGUUGUUUUGACAUAUUAGGGUAUCAAGUCCAGUAGAUACUGUCUUGUGCUACAGAAAACUUAAAAGGCAAUUUUGUACUAAUUAUAGUGUAAAUAUAAAAAUUGAACAUUUCAUAAAGUUGUGCAGUUUAUUUUAAGUUUAUUCUGAUGUCCCAUGUAUAUGUUCUUUGGCAGAUACAGUAAUACAUGCCUGAUCAUAACUCAUUUGGUCAUUUCUCUAGAAGAAGAGGUGACUUCCCUCUCCUUUCUCCCCUAGCUGAACAGAAUUCAUACAAGACUGCAUUUCAACUAAGUAUAUCAGAGCCUUUGUUCAUUAAGUGAGGAUGUCUGUGAUUAAACAAAGCUAUAUAAGUUGCAUCCUUCUGUUUUACAGAGAAGUGGUAGUUAAUGACCAUUUCCUUUUAAUGUCUUGUCUAUACUUAGAUACUCAGGUAAAUUUACUUAAAUUACCAAAAGUGUGAGCUUUACAGGGGGAUCACUUAAACAAUGUUAAAUACUUGCAGAGCUGCAAGUGAAGUGAAUUAACCUAAACUAAGUUAAACUCACUUCUUAAUUUCUUGUGAGAAUAUUGACAAAGGAAUAUUUUGAUUUUUAACUAAUCCACUGGACAAAUUAAUUAGAAUUAAUUUUCCUGAGUGUCCCAUGUCACACAGGCCUGUAGGCUCUAUAUAUUCAUACUGAGCAAUCUUUGAGUCCCUUCCACUGUUGCUUCAGUGUGUGAUAUCUGUGGAGAGUCAUGCUAAGCAGCCAGUUACCAAAGCUAUGCAUCUUCAAAUCAAGUUGUCUUGGUGUACUCAAGAGAAAUGGAUGAGGAGAGAAUGUGUACAUUUUAUUCUGUUUUUUCAGAUUAACUAGUUGUACCACUGUGUGCCAGACAAACCUAGUUAUUGUACCAGUGAGGGACAUACAUUUCCUACAUUCUGUAAUUUAAUUAGAAUUUCUGUUGCUAGUGGAGAGGACAGAUGGACAGGAGAAUAUCUUUAAACAAAUAAUACAGAUUAUUUGUUCAGAAACUGACAGACAGGUUAAGACUCAUCUGUGAAGAGAUACUUUCUCAUUUUGCUAGCAUUUGACAGUGACCUAUACCCCUGCUCUUUCAAAGACAAGUAGCUAGGAAGAAACAAGUUUGACUGACAGAUGCAUUGACUGGAUAGGGAAUUUCUCACCUGGGGGCAAAUUUUCUCUCAAUUUCCAGUCUGAAGAGACAUCAGUUUUCUUUUCAAUUUACAUGACCGUUCUACUGAAACCAUUUUAUAGCAUCUAGAACUGUAAUAGCCUUAAUGCAGUAAUUUUGCAUUUGGAAUGUAAAAUGUUAACCAGUCAGGAUUAUCUGGUCUCCUAGACAUUUAAAAUUAGUGUUCUAUCCAUAUAUAUCUAUAUCUGUCUAUUGCUGUGUUGUGAAUAAUCAUCUGUAUGAAAAUGACAGAUCCGCUUAUGUGGUGGUCAUGUUCACACAUAGUGAAGCAAAAAGCAGAAUCAUCAGACUUUACAAAGAAAUAAUUAUAUUUGCCACAUUGAAAUACUGUGAUGUGCUAUGCCAUUUUCAACGGUAAGUUUAAAAAAAUAAUAUGUAAUGGGUUACUUAUUUUUAUGCUGACCCUGUUUUCAUACUGAAAUUUUUCCAAACAUCUGACUCUGACAAUGAUCACUGAGUUUGUUCAGCAGCACUGGCAGAUCUGAUAUAGUUAGCAUUAUUUGGAUUUCUUCCAAACCACUAUCACCUUGCAUAUAUUUUAUAGGUGUUCUUUUGCCUUUCUUAAAAGUUGAUAUCAGAGGAAACAAGGAAUGCAAGUACUCUAACAAAUACAUGUAACUUUAAAAAAAAUAUACACAUGUAUAUAGUGGAUCUGCUCUAAGUUGUGACAUAGUGGUUGUUAGUAAGACCACAUUCUUGGCAGUCAGAAGGUUCAAAACCAUAGUGUCAAGAAAAUAAUGAAAUAUGUUGUCUGUUCUUGUUAGCUUCUAGAAUGCACAAUGAGUCAGAGCAAUUACAGAAUUGGAUGUUAUUUAUGCAUGUGAAAGAAUUUAAUCGUAUUUGUACCAUAUGUUUUUUGGUUGUAAUUAAGAAAUUACUUCUUUUUUUUCCCCAAUCAGACCUACUUUAAGCUUUGGGUUGGAAAACGUGGGGACACAUCAUACAAUAGUCCUCUCAAUUUUCUGUUUCAGGUUUUACUUACACUUCAUGAAACAUUUUUUUUUCAUCUGUCAAACAGUAGAGCCUAUUCCACCAGCAGAUGUAGCUUUUAAUGAAAAGAUACAUUUGGUGAAAUCUUGGCGUGUCUGCCUACAUUACUGCUUACAAGAUUUAAAACUUGUAGAGCUUAAAAGUUCUGUAAGUUCUUACAGCCCUGUAUAAAGUAGUGGGUAGAAAUGGAUAUUGAAUGAAGAAACAGAUCAACCCAGACCAGCAGUAACAGAAGGGCACAGGGAAAAACACAUGGAAAAAAGAGGUACAGCAGUAACUAUAGUGUAGGUAAUUAAUAUGUUUUUGUCAAUUUAAUUACAAUCCUAAAAGAUUCCUUUGAUUAGCCCCUUUCUGGGACAGUCUUUGCUUGCUGGGUGGCCCUCAGUAUUCAGAGAUGUCUGAAUGCCACUCUGGCAAACACUAGUGCCAGAUAGAAGCAGGGAGUUCUUACAAAUAACAUAUUGGAUGUCAGUGCAAACAAUAACUGAUGAAGAGGAGAUUUGUGGUAAUAUCAACUCAACUGAACAAAAUCCUUUGCCAGCUCUAAUAUGUGUGUUUUGAAUAUGUGCACUAGGCAUAACCUUUUAUAAAUCAGUUGUGCAGAAAAUCAUUAUAUUAUUCCAUACAAUGCAUUUUUCAGUGUGUCAGCAUACCUCUUUUGAUUAUAGUUCCAAGCAAAGGUAGUUCCUCACAUCAACCCACAAGCCGCUGGUCCUUGAGAGAGAAUUUUCAUCCCCAUUAAUUCCUUUAAACUCGUUUGGCAUUUCAAAAGCUUUUGUUCUUUUAAAGGGAAGAGGGAGCACCAAAUGAAUAUGAAGUUCAUAGAAUGUUAAAAUAAUAGUGUUAUUUUUUAAUAUAAACACCAAAGUAGAAUCUGUCAUCUAGUCCCACACAUACUUCUGUGUAUAAACAAUUGACCAUUAUUUUUCUGUCACAUCUUUGUACUGAUGAUGCAGGUAGAAUUUUGGAAAUGCCUAAGUAACUUAAUAAUUUAAACACAAAAUGACAAACUGAUUUUUUUUUGGUGAUUGUUUUGUUUUUUUGUAGAAAGACUACCCCACUUACGAGCCUGUGGGAUCAUGUAAUCUAGUUAGAGUAGCUCUUCAUAUUUUCUAUUAUAUUCGUGCAAUUUUGAGUCAGUGGGGAAGUUCCACCAUUCUGUUGAUUAAGAAAGGUGGAUUUUAAUGUUUUCAGGAUAAAGAAGAGUACCGAAUUCAGAUUUCGCACUACUGAUAAAAUAUUUACCCCUUACGCCACUUCACUGGAGAAGCUGGACUGGCUCCAACUGUGUUGUAUCUUUGAAGGAUUUUUUUUUUUUUUUUCCUGCCAUAAGUGCAUAGAAAGAAUGUGAGAAUGUAGGUCUGUACAGGACUUGAGUCAUGACAUCCUGCCAGAGAGAGGUCUUUCAUCAUGGAGUGGGAAAGAUGAAGCAGCUCACAGUAGGACCUGAUGAACACCAGAAUGAAAGAAAGGGUUCAUGGCAGGGAAUACACGGAGGGAUGAGGGAGAAUGGAAACAUUACACACAUAUUAGUGGUAAUCUAACAUGUAAUCUACACAAUUCACCUGCAAUGAGAUUUCAGUAUGCAAUUUCACUGACUUCUAUUUCUCUGAAGUUGUUCAGAUGUUUCUGUGUAGUAAUUCAAGGACACCAGCGCUGUGUACUGGAACUGGAAGUGGGCAUUUCUUUGACAUCCAUAAGCAGUCCUCUAAUCCUAAGAGGAAAGAGAGUUAAAUCACAGCCAGUUCUCAACAUUUCCCAUUACCUAAUAUUUUUGUAGCUCAAGAUCAGCUUUCCAGCAAUUGAUAAUCCCAUUUUCAGCUACAUGCUCCCAGAUGUCCCAUUGCAGCUUAAGUGCUUAGUGCAGCAUGGUAGAUUUUGCUAGGGAAACUAGACAUAUAGGAACUGGGUGCUUUAAAAAUCUGCCCUGUGGGUCUAGUUUACUGACAUUUCUGAGAAGUUUACUCAGAAUUUCUGUUCAACUAUAUAGGAGAGCUCAGACACUGAUUUAAACAUUUUUCUAAACCACCAAAACUGCUUUGAACACACUUUAAGCACAUGGGUGUAGAGGGUUUUUUGCUUUUUUGUGCUGAAUUAUUUCAUUUUUUCUUGCAUAUCUUUAAAAAAACUACAAAUAAAAUACAAGAAAACACAAAGGGAAAUAAGAAUGAAUGAAUAAUUGUUUUUAGAGGGCAGAAUGUUCUAAAAGAUGCUAUAUCUCAAAACAAAAGAACCUAUUUCUUCUACAAUAUAUUAAUUCUUGAGAGAGUUGGAUUUGUGUUUCCCUGGAGCUAAAGUUCUAUUCUCAGAAAACUAAAUGCCAAAAAAUUGGUGGUAUGGUGCCAGUUUUAGUUACAAUUUUUGAGCAGUUUUGUUGUUUUUUCUUCCCCCCCCCCCCCCCCCCCCCCCCCCCAUAUUACUUUUUGCCAGGACCCACAGUUCACUCCCAGAAGCUGAACAACAGGCUGUGCCCUUUCUGGUUUAUGUAUUAGUACGAAUUUUGUUGCUAACAAGUCUGUUGGUGAUAUGUAGACUACAGGAAAAUAUGACUGAAUCUUUUAGUGGAUAGCUGCAUAGAUAAUAUCAUAAUAUCAGCCAGUGUAUGUUGUAAUCAUUUCCCUUACUCUGAAGCAAGCACCCAGAGAUAAGAUAGCGUCAUUGUUCCAUACUCAUACUUCUAUUGUUUGUGGAAUUGCUAGUCAGUGUAGUUCACUUGCCAUAGAAGAACUCUGUUGUGGCUUCUGAGGUAAAACUUAAAUUUUGAGAUCUUUCCUCUCCUGAAAUUUCACAUAUAAUUUUGUCUACAGUAAGGUUAUGUUGAUUCAUAGAAGAGAUGCUGCAAGGAGCACUAGACAGUUGCUGUUGCGUAGAGUUUGGCAAGGAUUGCCUUUGCUGUGUUCACAGUACAAAGGUGUAGUAUCUCUUGAACCUCGUCUCUAUCUGUUUUCUGCCAAGAACGACUUAGAGGUAAAGAUAACAUGUAGUUUAGAGAUUAAUUAAUCAAACAUACUGUUAUCAUUAUCCCUUUUGUAUAUUCUGUCAUUAGCAUAAAAAAUUGAGAUGUUAGCCUGUAACUGCAAAUAAUAAAUGCUAGUUUUCCUUCAAGGACCAAUUUUAAUGGUAGCUUAAAAAAGCAGAAUUAAAGGAUCAUAAAUAGAAGUUAACCCAUAGCAUUGGGAAACUUAGAAAUCACUUGUUACUUUUCUGGUAGUGAGCCUAAUUUGUUUAAAAUAAAAUCCAUCUGUUCAUUUCACAGUAUUUGUCCCACUUCCUUACAGCAAUCCACAGUGGAUUACCCCAUUACUUUAAAAACUGCAAUUAUGAUAAGCUAAUAACUCUUGUUUUGUGGUUUGCUGUAGCAAGAUAUUUUGGAGAGCAAUGAAACUUCCCUUUACUCUUAAAAAGUAAUCAGCUAUUAUUAUUUUUUGCAGUUGGACCUGAGUAUUUUCUUAAUUGUGUUUCAAGUAAAUAUGCAAUCUGAUGGCUUUGCAAAUUCAGAAUAUUUUUGAUUGUUGAUUAAUCAGCCAAACACUGCUGUUAAGUAUGUAAAUGACCUUAAUGUCAGUUUGGUAUUUGCUUAGCAUGCCAUGCAUGCAACAAACUUUGGAGUCAUUCAACUUUUGUGGCUACAUUAAAUUUACUUCUUGAAAUAAGUUUCCUUUUCAUACAGGGACCACUUUACUACUGUGCUUCCCUGUGUUUCCUCCUGAAUAUGUAUUAGUCCUCUAGAGAUGUUUUAAUGCGUUACACAUACAUAGUGCUUCUACCUUUCUCUGUCUUUCUGAUUGUUAAUUAUGUGAGAUGUGUAUUUCUGACAGCAGUUGAGUGAAUAUUUGCUAAUCUAUGAUACAAUUGAGUUUUUGAAUGUGUACUUCAAGAAGUUGAUAGACUUGUAUAGAGAAAUCAUUAAUUUUCAUUUGUUAAAUUCAAGAUUCUUAAGUCCUGAUACUCUUUUGUGUUUUUAUCAGUGAAUCUGUUUAAGGAAGUACUUCUGGUUUUGAAUGGUUUUCAUAGCCUUUUUAUUUGUUUAUGUAGACACUCUUCUUUGUUGAGUGCAAGUUAUUGACCUGGUACUCUAUUUAUAAUUCUGCCUGGUUCUUGAGUAUUUUAUCUAGCUGUAACUUAUUAAAAACCACAAAUAUGAAAUGGGGAUAUUAAUGACAAGUGGUUUAAAUGUGAGAGUUUCAAAAUGCAUGUUAGAAUAUUUCAACACUUUGUUCACUGUAAUUUUACAUUUUUCCAUUACUGAGUAAUUAAAAAAAUCCUUAGGGUUGAAUUAUAGUAAAAUUUUAUACAUCUCAGUACUAAUUUUGUCUCCCAGUGGACAGCAAUAAUUUAGAUGGGAUUGUUUUUAUUCUACCUAAUUUAUUCUUAUUGGGGGGAAGGGGAAAAUACUAACCUUGCAAAUUUUGCUAACUAUAAUAAUUUCAUUAAUAUUGUUGGUUGUUUUUAAUAAUCUCCAUGCCUUCAGAAAUUUGUUCUUCUAUAUUUUGAAGAAAAACAUACAGAUAUACAGGGUUCUGUAAUAGAAUGUGUUUACAGUAUUUAUCCCCUGGGUUUGCUGUAAUAUUAAGGGGAAGUACAGUGACAGAUAUAACUUGCAAUAGUUGCUAGUGUUAUGUGCCUUUGAAUAAUUUUCUUUAAUUCAUUAAUUUUUUUAUAUCUAGGUGAGGGUUAGCAGCUUUAAAUCAGUUAAUUUCUAUUAAAGUGGGGAUGGUGAUACAUUCUUAGAGCUUUACUAGUUUUACUAACUUUAAAUGAUUUAAAAUCUGUAUGGUAAAUGGUUGUAUGGAUGGUUUUGAACAGACCGUAGACUGUUCAGUUUAACUUUUUAGGUUUCAAGCACUACUAGUGUAGAGGGAGAACUUAACAGUCAUAUAUGGCGCUUUUUUAUGCUUUCAUUUUGUACUAUAUAUGAUCAGUGAGACUUUCUUAUCACAAUAGGUAUGUACACUAUAGUGGCUUUUCUAAAUGUUCCCAUAAUUUGCACUGUGUGAUCCAUAUGAAUUUAGCUUACAAAUCAAUCCCUUUCUGUAGGCGUCUGCUUUGUACCUUGACAAGUAUGAAAAUAAUCAAAAAUGUCACUGUGUUUGACAGUGAGACUGUGUGUUUCUCUGUUUCUGAGUGUGAAUAUCAUUUAGCAAGGCUGGUCUAGUUAAAAGGCAGUUAAACUAGUAAUCAUACGUGAUCUGUGUUUAACUGUCGUUUGUAGAAAAAAUGCUACAAAGUGAUAUAUGGUGAUAACAAAUUCAGAAGGAAAAGAAUAUGAAAUUCAGACAGCAGCUUGAAUGAUUUGCUGUUAGCAUGGGGCCCAAUAACACUACAAAGCUAUAAACUCUGUCUUUCUAGAUUGCCCAGUUAGGUGGCAGAGAUGCAAUUUGUCUUUUCUGAAGCCGCCUGCUGCUUGCUAGCUCCAUCUCCUGUCACAGCCUAUUAGCUCCCCAAGAAAAUUGGUGGGAAAUUGCCUGCAGAUUGUAGGAAAUUGCAUACCCAGGCCCUGGAAAAAAUGUAGGAUAGCACACCACUGAUCCUCCCAGAGCAGCUAUUAAUACAGCAGAAGCUGACCUUUGGCAUGGUGUGAAACGACUUUGCUAUUUCCUGAAUAAAGACUGUAUUAUGCGUGGUUGAAGGAGGGUACAAAUUGUUAUCCUAGCUAUGCUUGUAGCCAGCCUGCUCCAGGAAGCUUAAGCAUUAGUGAUAGGUUUUACUCUCCCCCGCUCCUUCCUAUUGGAAGAUGGGAGAUGAGAUGGUAGAGCCUUAUCCAGAAAUUUCAUUGUAUAGAUGGGCAAAAGCCACCGUGUAUCUAAAUGAUGUUAGUAAAAAUGAAAUUCAAAGGUUUAGUGACAAACCAAAAGAUAAUUUAUGGAGCUUAUCUCAAAAAAAUUGAUAAUUGCCUCUGCUUGGUCUAGCCUCGGUCAGGGUAGAAACAACUUUUUAGCUAUUUCAUUCUAUGUGUAUAUCCAUAAUAAAUAUUUGAUUUUGGAGCAGUUACAGUGAAAUGGAGCCGAUUCGUACUGUAACUGCUGAGUGUAAAAGCCAUGGGACACACAUUAGUUCUGAUAGAUAUUAGCAUUAAAUUCCUUGCCACUAGGAAACUCACCUUUGUCUUGUUUCAGCAUAUUCCCAUGUGUUCUUUAGGGUGUGAUAUGCAAUGAUGUUCAUCUUCUGUCAUUUCUACUAGUGCUACCUUUCCAAUUUUGUACUUUACCUCAGUUUUAUAGGACCUUUGAGUAAGAGCCAACUUUUCCAUGAAUCCUGAGAGAGGGGACGUGUAGAAUUAGUUUGCAACAUAAAAAAUAAAUGCCACCAUUUUCUUUGAGCUUGCAAUUGUGCUUAGUUGAUUCAGAGCCUCCGGAGGAAGAUGUGUAUGUGAACCAGAAUGAUGUAUUGAUCAGAUGUGAGCAUGGGGAGGGCAGCAGCAGGAAAAAAGUAAUUUUGCAGUCAAGAGCAUUGCUGUUUCCAAACUCAACAGAGAUUUGUUGGUAACUGGCAGCUGCCCAGGGAUCUGAGUGAAAUCAAUAUGUUCAUUUCCUAUUGUAUUAGUGUCUGCUGAUGUAAAUGAGCUGACAAGGCUUACUAACACUCACACAACUGAUAGAAAAAAUUAGUGCAGAGCUGAGGCAGAGGAGCUGAACACAGGGCAGCAUGACAAAACAGGUGUGCUUGUGGUUCAAAGUGCAGCCAAAAGGGGAUCAAGAGCACUUCAUGUUACAGGGCUCUCUGGGCCCCUGUUUUGAAUUCUUAUGAUCAUGCAUGCACACGUCUGUCGAUCUGAAAUGCUAAUUUGUUGAGGCAUUGUCUUUCUAAAUUAGUUAUAGCAUCUUUUAUGGAAGUUAUGCAGUUUAGUGUGGUGUGUCUUUUCUUGUAAAACAAAUACAGGAACAGAAGAGCUAUGGUGCUUGAGCCUUUAUUUUGUAUUUACAAUAGCUGUUCAUCUUCCAAGAUAUUACAUACUAAUUGCAUUCUCAAAAUAAACCUUGCAAUUUAGUAACAAA